GGUUACGCAACUGAAGAAGCCGGCAUGAUAAUGUCCGCGCAGUUGGUCGCACUGAGCGAGCGAUCGAUGACUGAUUGCGCGGUAAAUAUGAAAAUUAAAUUUUUUCAUUUUAAUCGUAACAAUUAAGUUACUAAUAUACAAUAUAAUUUGUAUAAGGAAAUAUCUUUGGUAUUUGAUAUUUGUUGUAUACUAUUCAACCGGUUUGAUGAAUAAAUCAUUUAUGUUUGACGCAGGUUUCUAGUAACCCAGAUCGAGUCAAACUAUAAUACGUAGGUAUGUAUCUACAAAAAUAGGGUUGAUACAUACCGGAUGAUGUGGGCAUGACGUAGCAAAAUUAUACUUGAGUGUCGCUCAGCACUGGCCAUGAAUGUAUGCCACAGACGUUUUUCCCCGCACGUGUAUUCCGCAUACAUGAACUAUGAUAUUUCGAAAAUGUUGAAGUUGAAUAGUCAUUCCAGAAAUCAUAAUUUCUCGUUAAAAAUAUAAUUUUUUAUUUGCCCUUUCUUAACAAAAAAAAAAACAAAAAAACAUACGUUUACAAUCCAAACUCAGCGCUUAUUAUACAUGAGAACUGAAGCAAAAACAAGAACAGAAAUCGAGUAAAAUAAUUCCAAACAAAUCUCUGAAAACAAAAUAAAUAAAUCACCCCCCGAUCAAUCAAGUGUGAAAAAAUAUGAAAGGCAAGAAGGGCAAACAAUCCUCGAUCAAAUGCGAGCGAUCCCUUCGUCACACAUGAAAAUGAAUUAUUCACGAAAUACCAACAACAGACGUCGUCGACACGUCGGGCUCUCUAUCGUGUGAACCAAAGCGUUUCUCGCUGCUCGAGCGCCGAAAAAGUUCCUAUUCUGCGUCGAACAUGUUGCUCUCUACAGCGGUGUUUUUACCAAUCUUGGCUCUUUUGCUAACGAUCGAUAGUUUGGAAGUCGUCGGUGACAUCGAGUACGACGAGUACAAGGAGUACGUCCUGCUGGUCUCGGACGUCCAGGAACAUUACAAGGCUUCCAGUGUUAUCCUCAUCUACGCCGGUGACGACGAGAGCAUCCACACAACGACGCUGAUGAUGCGCCUGACCCGCGAGUUCUCCUCCAAGUUCGUCCUCUCCCUGACUCUGAACUACACCGACCUGACCCAUCACUACGACCACUACCGUACCCGGAUAGUGCGUCCUUUAUUCGUCGUCUUCCUCAACUCAGCCUCGGAGAUCCGCAUGUUCCAGAAGGUGACCCGCCGCUCCGAGAUAUCCUAUCCGUUCUGGCUGGUGAUCUUCGCCAAGCCGACGCUGCGCAUCUGCUACGAGCCCACCGAGAACUACUUCAACGUCGCCUUCGACACGGAGAUGAUGGUCAAGUGUCACGGUGACCCGAUCCUCAGGGAGUGGUACUCGCUCAAGGAGGACAGCAUCACGGUUCACGAUCUGGCCCACUGGGACCUCAUCGGCAGGCUGCAACCGAAGACUACCAAGUCUCUUUACGAAAGAAGACAUACCCUGGCUGGAAAGAACCUACGCAUCGCCACGGUCAAGGAUUCCCCGUUCAUAGCAGCUCAACAGGGUCCGCUGAGCGGACUCUUCGCCACGAUUCUGCAAGAACUGAGCUCGACCCUGAACUUCUCGAUGACGAUCGCUUACAAGGAAGUCAGUUACGGGAUCUACAACGAAUCGACCGGGGGGUGGACUGGUGGGAUCGGAAGACUCGCCAGGAAGGACGUGGACCUUGGCGUCGCCGAGUUUACCAUGACAGCUCAGAGACUGGACAGCGUGGAUUUCACCCUGCCGAUCAUGCUCUCGAGGAAUCAGCUCUACAUGAGGCAACCAGAUGGCUCUGCGCUUCAGUGGUCGGCUUAUUUCAGGGUCUACACGAUCGACAGCUGGAUCGCGCUGCAGGGGAUGACUGCACUGACGUGGCUCGUAAUCACGUACAUGAGGCUGUUGAUAAGGGAGAAACCCAUACCGCCUAAUCACUUUUCCGAAAAUUAUCUCUCCAUCUGGGGAAUAUACUGCCAACAGGGUCUACCAGAGUUUCCGAGCGCAUCUCCCAUGAGGAUAGCCUACUUCACGAUUCUCGUCUCGGCCGUUAUCUUGCUGGCUGUUUACUCGGCUUGUCUGAUUAGCUACCUCACCGUCACCAGUCCAAGUCUGCCGUUUUCCAAUCUUGACGAAUUCGCCAAAGACGGAACUUACAAGCUGAUCGCCUUUCAGCAAAGCGCCGAUUACGAUCUGUUCGCGACUUCGAAAGACUUAGUACUAAAGCGGAUGAUGAAGCAGAUGCUCAAUCGCGAAUAUCUACCCCGAACCAUGAUGGCUGGCUUCAGGAAGGCUUGCGAGAACAAGAUCGCGUUCUACGCGACCGAAGCCGUGAAGACUCAAAUCAGCGCGCGAAUCCCCUGCGACUUGGUUUAUCUGGAGUCGGGGAGGAUCGAUAGCCUGGGUAUGACGUUGACGAAGAGGAGCCAGUACACGGGUGUGAUUAACUAUCAUCUGCAGAAAUUCAAAGACGUCGGCAUAAUGAACCGACUGCGCUCUCGAGUCUACAUGAAGGUCACCCCUUCGGACAACAAGUACAAUCCGGUGAAUGUACGCGGCAUCGUGACGAUAUUGCUGAUAAUUGGGAUCGGUGUCGUCGUCAGUAUUAUCAUACUUAUUGUCGAGAUACUGAUCUAUCGUCUUCACAAAGGCAGGGAAAACCAGAAGCUCAUGUCCACAUGCAAGAACCAGAUCGUCGUCACCAAGAAUGCACUGAUCAGUCGUGAGAAUAAAAUCGCUAUAUAUAGAUAAUACAUAUGUAGGGUUUUUAACUUGUAAUUUUGUUAUACAUAUAUCUAUAACUCGUUCCGGAAGUUAUGCUUGUUCUGUUGUAUUGAGCUUUCAAUAAAAUGUCGAUUUCAGCAACUCUAAUUAAAAAUAA